CCUCUCUUCUCCACCCACCCCUUCUUUUUUCCCACUCUUAACUGACUAGGAGGCCUGGAUGCUCUGCCACUAGGCAGUGGUCCAGCGCGCAGUCAGGAGUGGGCGGGGGCAGGGGGCACUGUGACAGGAAGCGGCGCGCACAAGUUGUCCAUUUAGGGGGCAAAAUAAGUUCUCCCUUGGAUUUGGAAAGGACAAAGCCCGCAAGCUACCUCUUUUGUGUCGGAUGAGGAGGACCAACCAUGAGCCGGAGCCCGGGUACAGGCUCAGCCACCACCGCUGCCACCACGGUCAGCUCCAGUCCCCGUCAGGAGUUGGUACGAGGAAUUUGGUGACAGGCUCUGUUAGUCUGUUCCUCCUUUAUUUGAAGGACAGGCCAAAGAUCCAGUUCGGAAAUGAGAGAGGAAGACUAGCGGGCAGCAUUGGCUCCAUCCAUUGAUCUCUCCCAAAGACACAAAAACGGGAUUCAUGAAGAUGUUGACAAGACUCCAAGUACUUACCCUAACUUUGUUUUCAAAGGGAUUUUUACUCUGCUUAGGGGACCAUAACUUUCUGAGGAAGGAAAUUAAAAUAGAAGGCGACUUGGUUUUAGGGGGCCUAUUUCCUAUUAAUGAAAAAGGCACUGGAACUGAAGAAUGUGGGCGGAUCAACGAAGACAGAGGGAUCCAGCGUCUGGAAGCCAUGUUGUUUGCUAUUGAUGAAAUCAACAAAGACAAUUACUUGUUGCCAGGAGUGAAGUUGGGUGUGCACAUUUUGGAUACCUGCUCAAGGGAUACCUAUGCAUUAGAGCAAUCACUGGAAUUUGUCAGGGCAUCUUUGACUAAAGUGGAUGAAGCUGAGUAUAUGUGUCCUGAUGGAUCCUAUGCCAUUCAAGAAAACAUCCCGCUACUCAUUGCAGGGGUCAUUGGUGGCUCUUACAGCAGUGUUUCCAUACAGGUGGCAAACCUGCUACGUCUCUUCCAGAUCCCCCAGAUAAGCUACGCGUCCACCAGCGCCAAGCUCAGCGACAAGUCGCGCUAUGAUUACUUUGCCAGGACAGUGCCCCCUGACUUCUACCAGGCUAAAGCCAUGGCCGAGAUCUUGCGCUUCUUCAACUGGACCUAUGUGUCCACCGUGGCCUCUGAAGGGGACUACGGCGAGACUGGGAUUGAGGCCUUCGAGCAGGAAGCCCGCUUGCGUAACAUCUGCAUUGCCACCGCAGAGAAGGUAGGCCGCUCCAACAUACGCAAAUCCUAUGACAGCGUGAUCCGUGAGCUGCUGCAGAAGCCCAAUGCGCGCGUCGUGGUCCUAUUCAUGCGCAGUGACGAUUCCCGGGAGCUCAUCGCCGCUGCCAGCCGUGCCAAUGCCUCCUUCACCUGGGUGGCCAGCGAUGGCUGGGGCGCACAGGAGAGCAUCGUCAAGGGCAGUGAGCAUGUGGCCUAUGGCGCCAUCACCCUGGAGUUGGCCUCACAGCCAGUCCGCCAAUUCGACCGCUAUUUCCAGAGUCUCAACCCCUACAAUAACCACCGCAACCCCUGGUUCCGGGACUUCUGGGAGCAGAAAUUCCAGUGUAACCUCCAGAACAAGAGGAACCACCUGCGUGCCUGUGACAAGCACCUGGCUAUUGACAGCAACAACUACGAGCAAGAAUCCAAGAUCAUGUUUGUAGUGAAUGCUGUGUAUGCCAUGGCCCACGCCCUGCACAAAAUGCAACGCACACUCUGUCCCAACACCACCAAGCUCUGUGAUGCUAUGAAGAUCCUAGAUGGCAAAAAGUUGUACAAGGAUUAUUUACUGAAAAUCAACUUCACAGCUCCAUUUAACCCAAAUAAAGGUGCAGAUAGCAUUGUCAAGUUUGACACUUUUGGAGAUGGAAUGGGCCGAUACAACGUGUUCAAUUUUCAGUAUAUGAGCGGCAAGUAUUCCUACUUGAAGGUUGGUCACUGGGCAGAAACCUUAUCACUAGAUGUCGACUCUAUCCACUGGUCCCGGAACUCAAUUCCCACCUCCCAAUGCAGCGACCCCUGUGCUGCCAAUGAAAUGAAGAACAUGCAACCAGGAGAUGUCUGCUGCUGGAUCUGCAUUCCCUGCGAGCCCUAUGAAUACCUGGCUGAUGAGUUUACCUGUAUGGAUUGUGGCCCUGGGCAAUGGCCCACCACUGAUCUAUCUGGCUGCUUUGACCUCCCUGAGGACUAUAUCAAGUGGGAAGAUGCCUGGGCCAUUGGUCCAGUCACCAUAGCCUGCUUGGGUUUUGUGUGUACAUGCAUGGUCGUGACUGUUUUUAUCAAGCACAAUAACACUCCCUUGGUUAAAGCAUCAGGCCGGGAGCUCUGCUACAUCUUGUUGUUUGGGGUUAGCUUGUCGUAUUGCAUGACAUUCUUCUUCAUUGCUAAACCGUCACCAGUCAUCUGUACAUUGCGUCGACUUGGGCUGGGAACUUCCUUUGCUGUCUGUUAUUCCGCCCUGCUGACUAAGACAAACUGCAUUGCCCGCAUUUUUGAUGGGGUCAAGAAUGGCGCUCAGAGGCCAAAAUUCAUCAGCCCCAGUUCUCAGGUUUUCAUCUGCCUGGGUCUGAUACUGGUGCAAAUUGUUGUGGUGUCUGUGUGGCUCAUUCUGGAGAUGCCUGGUACCAGAAGAUACACCCUUCCAGAGAAACGGGAAACUGUCAUCUUAAAAUGCAAUGUCAAAGAUUCCAGCAUGUUGAUCUCCCUUACCUAUGAUGUGCUCCUGGUGAUCUUAUGCACUGUGUAUGCCUUCAAAACGCGGAAGUGCCCAGAAAAUUUCAACGAAGCCAAGUUCAUUGGUUUUACCAUGUACACCACAUGCAUCAUCUGGUUGGCCUUCCUCCCUAUAUUUUAUGUGACAUCUAGCGACUACAGAGUGCAGACAACCACCAUGUGUAUCUCCGUCAGUCUGAGUGGCUUCGUGGUUCUGGGCUGUUUGUUUGCACCCAAGGUGCAUAUCAUCCUGUUCCAACCCCAGAAGAACGUGGUCACACAUAGACUACACCUCAACAGAUUCAGUGUCAGUGGAACUGGGACCACGUAUUCUCAGUCCUCUGCAAGCACGUAUGUCCCAACGGUGUGCAACGGGCGGGAAGUCCUCGACUCCACCACCUCAUCCCUGUGAUUGUGAAUUGCAGUUCAGUUUUUGUGUUUUUAGACAGUUAGGCAAAGUGUCAUGUGCAGCUCCAGAAAAUGGAAACAGAGCAAAAGAACAACCCUAGUACCUUUUUUUAGACACAUUACAAUAAAUUAUUUUUGAGGAUUGUACAGUAGUGAUAUGCUAGAAACUUUUUAGACUGAUUUUAGUGCCCCUAUUAUUAACAAUCCCCCAGAACAUGGAAAUAACCAUUGUUUACAGAGCUGAACAAUGGUGUCAGGGUCUGACAGGAUCAGGCUUCUAAAAA